AUGGUGUUCAGCAAUAGAAUGGGCGUCAUUGCUGUUGCCUGCGGACACCUAUUUCUGCAUUCGGGGCGCUUCGCAACCUACCCACUGACGAGCGCGUAUUUGAGGUGUAAACGAACGACAAUAACUCCCUCAAACGAAUACUGCGACAAGUUAUGCUCAUUGUUCACCCUUCCAGUUGCUGCGAUGUUUGCCUGGAAAAGUAUACAUGGGAUGACCCAGCCCAACUGCCCUAUGCUAUACCCUGUGGCCAUAUAUUCUGUGAAACCUAUCACUCCGCCAAACUGCCCUUUGUGCCGCAAUUCAUUCGAUCGCAGUACCAUAAAGAAGCUGCGCGUCGAUCACCUUGAAACAUCGGAGCAGCAGGAGCUUGAACUUCUACGGAGGCUGGCGCUGUCAUGGGGUCUGCCAAACGAUCAGCAAGUAAAAGUGUUGGAGGAAAUAGAUGUGUGGUUGGGCGACCGAGAGGCAGAAAUAACGAGUCCUUGCGUUUCCGUAUCCAUGGGGUCAGAUUAUUCUCCUAUGCAGGGUACGGCCCUCAUAAAGGCCCGUGAGGUGGCGGCCAAAUGCCAACAGCUCCUGAGGAGCAAGGAACAAGAUGAAAGGACCAUUAGGGAGUUGAAGAGGGAGGUUCAGGACUACACACCAAUGGACAAUGCGCUGGCCGCCGAGCUUUAUCUUUUGAAAAAAGUCGGGAAAAUCGGGGAGUAUGUCGCGCCUUUGUGUGUGAUUACCGCUGAUGAUAUUCCUAGAGAGUUAGCGCAACGCGAAGCAGACAUAGAACACUUGCGGACAGAGAACAGCCGGGUAACUCAAUAUGAAGCCGAGAUGCAAGGCUUGCGGACUGAAAACAGCCGGGUAGCUCGAUGCGAAGCCGAGAUAGAAGCCUUGCGGACUGAAAACAACCGCAGGGUAGCUCAAUGCGAAGCCGAGCUAGAGGGCUUGCAGACCGAAAACAGCCGUAUGAUAGCUAAACACGAAGACGAAAUGGAAGGCUUGCAGGCUGAAAACAAUCGGUUAGCUCAGUGCGAAGUCAACUUGCGAACUGAAAACGACCACAGGGUAGCUCUACACGCAGCGAAAGUGGAAUGUUUAAAAGCCGAAUUGGAAUGUCUGUCAGCCGAGGUGGAAUAUCCGAAAGCCGAGGUGGAAUUUCUGAAAGCAAAAGCAGAAUACCUGGAGGCCGAAAUACAUCGCCAGGUUGCUCAACACAGAGCCGAGGUAGAAUGUCUGAAGGGCGACAUAAACCGCCAUGUUGCUCAGAAAGCAGCUGAGGUAGAAUCCUUGCGCGCUGAAAUCACUGACUCAGACAGUGUCCUGUCACUAACGAAAGACCUUUGGACUGAAGAAUGGUUGGCAUCUCCCUUGGCCUCGUUUAGGGACCUCAUCGUUCCCAGCUACAAGGAACUACAGGUUCGAACGAAGUACCUCGAUGACGAAAAUCACAAUUUAUCCCGUGAGCUCGAGGCUGUCAAGACACUGCUGUCGGAAGUCAGAGAUGGGGAGUCCGAGGAGGCGCGAGUCUUUGUUGCUAAUACCGACGCAAUUUCCACCGCAGAUGUCAUCCGGCAGGUUACUGACCUGAACUGUCAGAUACGUGAAAUGGCUACUCAUUUCAGAAAGCUGCUCCAGAACGUUGAGAUCCCUGUCACCACUCAGGGACCAGUGACAGAAACGCUAGAUAAUGCUAGCUGGAUGCUUGGAAAGCAGCUGGCGAGUUUCCUAAGCGCCAAUUUGUUGGUUCAGCGCGCAGCUGCCUGCACAGUGCCAGACCCAUUGCUCGCUGAUGUGGUCCUCCAGAUUGCCAUCACGAGGUGGUGCAGAUUCAUGAUCUCUUCAUGGAUACCCAGUCAUCACACAAUGGUGGACUUUAUGAAGAUUCUUUAUUCUGGGAUUUCGUCAAUUUGGUUCCUGCUAUCCGCGGGUGUUGGCGAUCGAUUACACGGGCACAGCUAUGGCGGUCUUCAUCUGACGACUUGCGCUGGUCGGAAGGUUUUAUGCAAGGAUUGGAUAGCAUCCUCGAUGUUGCUGGAUGGUCAAUCCAAGAGGCAGAUCGACAUCAACUUGAAAUGA